CUCUCAGCGCCUUUAACAGGCUCGCGUUUGUCGUCGUCUGCUAAACACUCAAAGACGCCAUACCGAAAUGAAUGCCGUCGUUCUGAAGUCUGCAUGCAUGGACUGCAUGGACUUGGGACUGAACUUGUUGGAUUAUUGCUCCAUUACCGCUUUUUUCGCUGAAACAAUCUAUUGGUUAUAUGAAGAUGAAUGUAUUUUCAUUUGCUGGUUAUUUUAGAAAUGGUUUUGUUAUUUCUUUUUGUCGAAAAAGUAUCAAUUUUAGAGCCUUUGGCAACCACCACCCCUUUCCGGUCAGCUCUUCAGUCGCAUUCCCACUAACGUCAGGCAACGCGGGCCUGGGCAUCGCUCCCGCCUGGCGCUCGUCGGGGUAUUCCUCUCCAAGGAUCCUGCUUGAUUCAUUGCACAGCUCCCGUGUGAGAACCGAGUUGAGUGUUAGAUUCACAACGUCGUAUGUUUUAUCCCAUUUUCAACAAACAUCAAGGGCAAGGUGGGCCCAUGAUUCCUCAUCACAAACAUUAAAGUCAGAAAACUGUUUCUCAACAAUUCCACUGUCUUGCCCUUGGAGGCAACAUCAUCUCAAAUUGAAAUUCCUUCAAGUAAGAUUGGCAAAUGUUUGUCUUUAUAGGAAUUUUAGUUCCACCAGAUUCUUGUCAUCUAAUCCUGCGUCAACACAGUCAUCAUCAGGCCAACCAGUGAAGGAUGACCAAGACCACAGAUCUGUCCUUCACCAGCUGAAAAAGCUAGAGAACUCACUCAGAUUUCACGGAUACUCGACUAUUCGUAUUGGAGUAGGAGUUUUCAUCAUCAUAGGUCUGAUGGUGUACAUACUGCGGGAUCCUAUCAGAGAAAACGUUGCUGUGGAAGUAUCGCAAGUAGCCUCACGAUCUCUGGAGCAUGAGCAUGUGGCCAUGAAGGCAGAGGAGUUUGCCAAGUCUCUCCUUCAGACACUCCUACAUGAUGAAAACAUGCACCGUCUAGCUACGCAAUUUAUCAAGCAGGUAUUGAACAGCCCAGAGACUAGAAAAGCUACAACAGAUUACAUCUCAAGCAUUCUGGAGGACCCACAGAACAGACGGCUCCUGGCAUCAACCAUCAAACAGGUCCUGCUCCUCGCCAUCCAUGAUCCCGAGACUACGGCAGCGCUCAAGGCAGUGGUGGUUCUCAUCCUGUCCGAUCCAGAGUCUCAGAAAGCAGCCAGGGGUCUUAUCACAGCCGUAUUCAAGCACGACGACCUCAAGGCCGCAGCAGCGCUUUUCUUCGCUGAUGUGCUCCAGUCGCAGGCUGUUGUGAAACAGGCAACCAAACUAGGAAAGGAUGUGACCUUCAAUAUCAUCACAGACCCUAACCUGAAAGAAGAGACGGGAAAGUCUUUUUGGGAGGCUGUGAAAUACUCAAUAACACCAAGGUGGUUCUCAGGAGCGACAUCAUCCUCCUCCUCAUCAUCAGAGCCAUCCGCUGAUUCCUCAGAGAUACAUCCAUCUUCAUCAUCGCUCUCUUCAAACCAGGACACCUUGCCCCCAUCACCAUUAUCGUCAUCAUCGUCACUACCAUCUCAACUAACGUCAUCAGAGCCUCUAUCAUCUCAACCGUCAUCACCUUUGCCAUCAUCAUCGCCAUCAUCAUCACUACCAUCACCAGAGUCAUCUCCAUCAUCACCAGAGUCAUCGCCAUCGAUAUCGUCGUUAUCACCACCAUCACCGUCAACAUCUCUGCCAUCACCACCACCUUCCAAGCCAACCGGGGAGUCGACAACCCCCUCACCGACUGAAGGAGAAUUAUUUGAAGAGCAACAACUACUUGAUGAACAAGGACUUGAUGAAGACUCCAAUAUCCUAACAUAGAACUCGAGGGCUCCCCUUCUCUAAACUGUGACGGUUGGACCUCUGAUUUUAUGUCGCAACUUCAGCCUUCAGGCAUUUUUUUAUUUAUGAUUUUUUAUUGCUACUCUUGACAACCUACUGCCUAAUAUUGCAACAUUGGCUAAGCAUUACGAUGGGUAUUUUCUGGGGAUUAUCUUUUUUUUAGGGCUCUUUUGAUCAUUUUUGGGUAGAUAUCGUCCCGAGACCCUGCAUAUUUUUUUCUUCCCUCACUUAUAUAUCUCGAGUCUCUCUUUCACACUUUGACAUUCAGGGUAGAUUCUGUACAUGAAAUCAUGGCUGUUUCCCUCUUGGAUGUUACGAUGCAAGUGGAGAUUGACGAUUUGAAAAAAAGAUGGUCAGAGGAUACUAUCUAUAUUGAUGUAGUGAUUCCAUAAUAAACUAUUGCAAUGUGAUGAUUUUCCAUUUGGCAGUUUUGAAUUGAACCUGCAUCUCAGCCUCACUUGGAAAAAGGAGAUGUCGGAAGCAUUACCUUGAGUGUUCAUCAUAUACAUAAAAUAUGAUGGCAUGAUUAAUGCCAAAGGUGGAAAUUUUUUAUUUCUAGAUUGCCGUAAGACUUGCCGGUAUUUUUCGGUCUAAUUAUGUUGUUAUUCUUUGCCAAAGUUUGUUAUUAUUUGUAAGAAACAUUCCAAGCAAUGGAACAUUGGUGCAUGCAAUAUUUCAUGUAAUAAUUGAAUUGUUGAAUUAAAAGAAAUGAAUU